UAUAGACCCUUUUACUGUUUGUAAACAAUAUGACGUCAGCGAGAAUGCGCAUGCAGCUCGGCAACAGAGAAUGGCGUUGUGUCAGGCUUUAUCAAGCUACGCUGCGGGGUUAUCACCGGAAAAUCUUGAAUGUUAUAUUAUUAAACUCACUUUAACGAAUGGCAACAGACUCCCGGAUCCCUGUGGCAUUACGGAAUGGGUGGAAGAUGUAGGUGCGUGGCCAGAUAUCCAGUGGCCCGAUAUAUAUAUACGUUUUUAGUGGAGAGGCCCAGUAAGUACACACGUGAGAAGCUACGGGCAUACAAAUCGUUAGAUGCAUACAACUAUGCUGUCUGUGGCCACGUACAGAAAGUAAAAUAUCACGACAUAGACUCUGAGUUUUGCGUCUUGAAGGCAGAAGUCCUUCCUAGCCAAAGACAAGGACACAAGACUGCUAUGUACGAGGCUUGGGUCAUAGUAAACAAACCAGAGAACUACGUCUUCACAGCCAUGGCAGGGUGAGUAUAGCAUAGGUUUCUUUUUUUAGCGUGCUCAGAGUACAAUCGUGUAAAUUUUUAGAGAAAUACAGUUAAUACUAAUAUGCAGUGGGAAAAUACAGAUGAAUUAGAAUGAAAUGUUAAUUUCAUUUGCAAACCAGCAAACGCAACUUACUUUAUGUAAUAGAACACACGUUAACCAGCUUUCAGGUGUAAUCUUAGUACAUAAAGGUAGAAACUGGAUCUCUUUGUGCUCCUUCUGGGUGUGUAAGUUAAGGGCAUCAGGGGAGCCUGACAACCUUUAAGGAGAACCAAGUUGCUCUCCUGUAAUUUGAACCCAGUAUCCGACUCUGAAUCGGGGCUUGGAUCGGGAAGUAAAGCCCGAGUCCCGAUCAGUCUGAAACCACGGGAUCGGGGCCGGUUUCCGAUCAUGUGAUCGGAUCGGGAACUCCCUAUCAUCCACAAAAAGUCGAGAUGAGAUUCUCCUGCCACCAAACUCUUUUAUUUUGAAGGUGCCGCUAACAGGAUGUGAUGUGUGGAGUGUUAAGAGGGAAGAAAGGGGACAAAGUAGCUGGAGUGUGUAAAACAGAACUAAUGGUGGCAUUAAACACUGACCCUGAUAGUUCACGGCUAUCGUCCCCCCUUGAGUGAAAACAGCUUUACAUCCUCUCUAGUCUCUCUUCCCAUCUAACACUUUAUAAAUAAACUGAACUGAACUAAGAACAUCAGGAGGGAUGAAAUAAUUUGUUCCUCCAGAGAACUGAUUGUUGAAUUCCAGUAACAGAUGGAUCAGUUUUCUCUUUGUCCCUAAAAACCUGCAGCUGUGUGAUUCCAGCUAAAUCUGCUCUGUUGAUCGUUUCCCUCAGAUCUUCAACAGUUUCUCUUUCCACUGUUAUUAGGCUCAUUCUGUCACCUUUUGACCUGAACCUGUGAUCCACACCUUCAUCUCUUCCUUGUUGUUGCUGGUCCAACUCCAGUCCAGUAGGUGGCGCUAACGCGCCUUCACGCUGCCACAUGACCGGAAGCUGUUAUCAGAGCUAGCUUGUUGUUAGCUACCAGCGCUAGCUUGCUGUGCUGGUGUGUGAGGGGAACCUCUGAGGCUCUGCAGCAACAAUGUCUUCAGCUCAGUCUCUGAGAGAGGUGAUCAGAGAGCGGCUAACUGCUGCUGCUGCAGAAAUCUUCUCCGAGUUUGAAAAAACCAUCGUCCGCUACGAGGAAGAGAUCGAUCGUCAGCGCAGACUGCUGGAGAUCAGCUGGAAACCACAGAUCAACUUACACAGAAUAGAACUCCCACUGCAUUAUGUCAGGACAGAUGAGGAGGUUCUGACUGACCAGCAGCUCUGGAACCAGGAGAGGACCUCCAGUUUGGAGCAGGAACAAGCAGAACCUUUACAGGAGGGACCAGAACCUCCACAGAUGAAAGUGGAGCAGGAUGAGCCAGAACCUUUGCAGAUUGUAAAACAAGAGGAGCUCUGCAUCAGUCAGGAUGAAGAGCAGUGUGUAGUGAAGCAGGAGACGGUGACCUCCCUUGUGACUCCUGCUGGUGAGAAAAGAGACCACGAUGAAGCAGAACCAGACAGACACCAACUCCUUUUGUCACUGUUUCCUGAGGCUGAGAUCAGAGCUGCUGCUGCUCCGGGGUCAACAGAACUUCCACAGCAUCAUAUCUGGGAAAAAGAAGAGGUUCUGACUGACCAGCAGCUCUCUGACCAAGUGUCAACCUCCAAUAUGGACCAGGAGGAACCAGAAGAUCUACUGAUCACAGAGGACCAGCCAGAACUCUAUAUCCAUCAGCAUGAAGGGCAGUUCCUUUUCAAGCAAAAACAUGUAACCUUCGUAGGGACUUAUCCUUCUAACGAAACAGACUGCCAUGAUCCAGAACCCAACAGGAAGCAACCCUUGAGUCAGAAUUCUACAGAAGCAGAGAACCAAGAUCAGGGUGGAUGCAAGAAAGAAAACUCAGAAUCAAACAGCAAUGAAGAACUGACACGUAAUAAAAGACGUUUGCAAAGCGAAGAUCACAGAGACAAUGUAGUUGUUCAGACACUGAAAAAGCACAAGAGGGCUCACAUAGGUGAGAGGCCAUUUUAUUGUAAGCUCUGUGGAAAAUCUUUCAGUCGCAUGUCUUGUUUAUGUCGUCACAUGAGAAUUCACACAGGUGAGAAGCCAUAUCCAUGUAACGCUUGUGGUAAAUGUUUUACUGCCAGUAGUGACUUGACUACACACAUGAGAACUCACACAGGUGAGAAGCCAUAUCCAUGUAACACCUGUGGUAAAUGUUUUACUGCCAGUAGUGUCUUGACUAAACACAUGAGAACUCACACAGGUGAGAAGCCAUAUCCCUGUAACACUUGUGGUAAAUGUUUUACUAACAGUAGUGUCUUGACUAAACACAUGAGAACUCACACAGGUGAGAAGCCAUAUCCAUGUAACACUUGUGGUAAAUGUUUUACUGUCAGUAGUAACUUGACUACACACAUGAGAACUCACACAGGUGAGAAGCCACAUCCAUGUAAAACUUGUGGUAAAUGUUUUACUGCCAGUAAUAUCUUGACUAAACACAUGAGAACUCACACAGGUGAGAAGCCAUAUCCAUGUAAAACUUGUGGUAAAUGUUUUACUGCCAGUAGUGUCUUGACUAAACACAUGAGAACUCACACAGGUGAGAAGCCAUAUCCAUGUAAAACAUGUGGUAAAUGUUUUACUGCCAGUAGUAACUUGACUUAUCACAUGAGAACUCACACAGGUGAGAAGCCAUAUCCAUGUAACACUUGUGGUAAAUGUUUUACUAACAGUAGUGUCUUGACUAAACACAUGAGAACUCACACAGGUGAGAAGCCAUAUCCAUGUAACACUUGUGGUAAAUGUUUUACUGCCAGUAGUACCUUAACUAAACACAUGAGAGUUCACACAGGUGAGAAGCCAUAUCCAUGUAACACUUGUGGUAAAUCUUUUACUGCCAGUAGUAACUUGACUACACACAUUAGAACUCACACAGGUGAGAAGCCAUAUCCAUGUAACACUUGUGGUAAAUGUUUUACUGCCAGUGGUGACUUGACUAAACACAUGAGAACUCACACAGGUGAGAAGCCAUAUCCAUGUAACACCUGUGGUAAAUGUUUUACUGUCAGUAGUGACUUGACUAAACACAUGAGAACUCACACAGGUGAGAAGCCAUAUCCAUGUAAAACUUGUGGUAAAUGUUUUACUGCCAGUAAUAUCUUGACUAAACACAUGAGAACUCACACAGGUGAGAAGCCAUAUCCAUGUAAAACUUGUGGUAAAUGUUUUACUGCCAGUAGUGGCUUGACUUAUCACAUGAGAACUCACACAGGUGAGAAUAGGGAUGGGUACCUUUGACAUUUGAAUCGAUUCGGUACUAAUUCCGGUACCUAGGAAUCGAUACCGGUACUUAACUGUACCAAUUUUAGAUACUUUUGAGUGUUUAAUAUUUUAAUUCUUUUAUAAUUAAAUAUAUAUAUUUUCUCAAUAUAUAACCAUAUUUGAUAAAUAUCACGAUAAAUAACAUUCAACAGUUUGUAUUUUAACAUCGACCUUUUAGUUUUAUAAGCUGAUAAUUAAACUGAAUUAAACAUCUUUACUGUGAACUAAAUUUACUGUGUAUCUUCAUUCCUUUUGCCGUCCUUUUUCAUUUGAUUUUUCCUACUGGGAAGUUAGAAUUUCCAGGAGAAAGCGAGCGCACCAUUAGCUGAUAACAAUGGUGGCAAUGGAAGCUAACAUAUCAAGCUAACGUUAUCUUAAACAGUUUUUUUAGCUGCUGGAGCAGAUUUAAACAAUGAUGCCUCGCACUUGGAUCAUUGUUGCUGGUUUCAUCUCCACCCAAUAACCCGUCACAUUUAGUAAAGUGAAGCCAAACAUUAGAGCGUGUUCAUGUCCUUUUAGUCGGAAAAUUGGAGUUCUGAGGAGAAAGCGAACCCACCAUUAGUUGAACGGAAGCUAACAUAUCAAGUUAACGUUAUCUUAAACAUUUUAUUUACCUACAGGAGCAGAUUAAGAUGAGGAUGUCUCACUUAGAUCGUUGUCGCUGGUUUCAUCAUCACCCAGUUACCCAUCACAUUUAGUGAAGUGGACCCAAGCUUUAGCGUGCAUUCUUUCUACCAUGCUGUUCUGUUUACAACUGGCUCGCAGCGAGCGACGACAUAACGCUCUUGCGCAUGCACGGCUGUCUAGGCAAGUUCUCAUUAUGAAGGACGGGUACCGAAAGGAGGCACCGUUUCAAAUGAUGUGAAUCGGUAGCCUAGUGAACUAGACCAAAUUCUUGCUUUGCAAAGAAUGGUCUAGGCAUGCUCCAUUGGAACCUCAGCAGCUCCUACCAGGACUCUGGCUAGCCAAUCACAGCUCUCUAGAGGGGUUUCAAACACAUGGUAAAUGGCCUGUAUUUGAUAUAGCGCCUUCUAGAGUUCUUGAAACCCCCCAAGGCACUUUACAACACAAUCAGUCAUUCACCCAUUCACACACACAUUCACACACUGGUGGGGAUGAGCUACAAUGUAGCCACAGCUGCCCUGGGGCGCACUGACAGAGGCGAGGCUGCCGAGCACUGGCGCCACCGGUCCCUCCGACCACCACCAGCAGGCAACGUGGGUUAAGUGUCUUGCCCAAGGACACAACGACAGCGACAGACUGAGCGGGGCUCGAACCUGCAACCUUCCGAUUACGGGGCAAGCACUUAACUCCUGUGCCACCGUCGCCCACUUAAAGAGCUGUGAUUGGUCCAUAAUGGUGGGCCAAUCAUAGUGCUCUAUCUGCUUAGUGAACAAAUCACAGAGCUUUAUCCGCUUUGUGGGCCAAUCAGGGCACUCUAUAUGCCUGGUGGGUGGGAUGAUGCAACAGAGUGAAACAAGAGUAUGUCACAUUCAUUGUCCAGUGGAAUGCGGAGAUCAUUUGAAAGACAACGGUAGAACCCGCCCCACAACCGAAAGCCGUCAAUGGAGCGUGGCCAGACUAAAUAAUACAUUUAUUUAGUCUGGCUUGCCAGGCUAGUGAAUCGGUGUUCAGUCGGUACUAUGGAAUUCGGUCGGUACCUUAAAAAGCACCGAAUUCGGUACCCAUUGCUAGGUGAGAAGCCAUAUCCAAUUAACACUUGUGGUAAAUGUUUUACUGUCCGUAGUAACUUGAGUUAUCACAUGAGAACUCAAAACAAGUGAAAAGUAUUUUCCAAGUUUGGUCUGUAUGAAAUUUAGCCAGAUAUUUUCUUUACCUUUUUGUAAUUAUAAUUGACCACUCUGAGUUUUUCAUGCAGGCUGAACAUGAAAAUUGUCUCCUACACCUUUCUCCUGCAUUAACUUCUGAUAGAAAAUAGAUGAAACUCAUGUAUUUGAAAAUCCUCACAGAUCUAUGUCACACUGUGAAUUGGCAUUUAUGGACUCGACGAUCUUGAUUCACGACAGGGAAGACUUGUUGUUUUAACGUCCGGUAAUCAGCAGUGGACGUCUCGGCUAGUUUAAGCUAACUGUCAGCAUUAGCAACUACACCUCACAGCAGAAGGUCCUCCAGGCUCGUGUAUUUUGAGAGAUAAAAUAUCCAUGUUGCAAGUCAGUGGUAGAGUUGCAUUGCUGUUAUCCAAUCUGGGGCGAGAUGUCCACAUAUCACGAAAUAAGACUCCAAAACCCGCCGUCUAAGGCCUAGUCCACACGUAGCCGGGUUUUUUUUAAAAACGAAUAUCCACCCCUCCAAAAACUUGUAUCCACACCACCUCGUUUAAAAAAAAAAACACUGUCCA